AUGUUCAUCUAAACAAUAAGAAUGUUGUUUGGUAAGGUGUAAGGAGUCUAUUUCAGAAAAUAUACUUAACUCAAAGCAUAAGAGUUGGAUUUGGUUGGUUGGGUACAAAACACUAAGAAAGGCACAGUCAUAGGAGUAGCUUAAGGAAGAAGAACUAAUGAGUUGAAGGAGUGGUUAAAAAAUACAGGAAGUCCUAACAGCAUCAUAAAGAAGACAGAAUUCAAGAAUGAUAAAGUAAUAGAUGAAUUAGAAUAUGAUCAAUUUGAUAUCAUUAAAUGA